UUUCCAUACAUAAUUAUUAAUUUCUUGCUUAUAUUUAUAUAGUGCUUACAGAAUACUGAAUAAGUUGAUCGUCGGAGCCGUUUCAAUUUUUUCAAUUUAAAAUUUAAAUCAGCUAAACAAGUAAGCUUAAUUCUGAUUAUAACUCAUCAAUUUCCCAUACGUCCUUUGGRAAUCAUUCAAAAUGGUUUUAGGUCAAAUUCUACGUUGCACUUUCCAAAAAGUUGUCGGAAUCACUUCUCAUGGGUCUACACCAUCCAGUUUUUUGACACCGUCAGCAAUAAACUCAUGGUCUAUCGACUUAGUUCGCUCAAAAACUCGUCAUCAUUUUCCUCGACCCAACGAAGCAAAACGUAUUAAAAAACAUGGUUGGUGGACAAGAAUGGCGACAAAAGAGGGACGUAGAGUACUGCAGCGCAGAAUACUCAAAGGACGAUAUGUCCUCAGUCAUUAAUUUUGUUUUUGUUACUCAUGUUAAAAUAAUUUACAGUUAGUUUUUGCAAGCAAUGUGCUUAAUUUUUUAUA